AUGAACCCCGAGUCUCUGCUCCCCUAUCACACAGCCCACAGCCGCUCUGCAGUGGGCAUGUUCAACACGGCCAUGGGGAAACUACAGAGACACCUGCACAAGGGGGAGUACGACAUCUUCAAGUACGCGCCUAUAUUUGAGAGCGACUUUAUCCAGAUCACCAAAAGGGGAGAAGUAAUCGAUGUGCACAACCGGGUCAGAAUGGUGACCGUGGGCAUCGCGUCCACCAGCCCCAUCCUCCCGCUACCGGACGUCAUGCUGCUGGCCCGACCGGCCACCGGCUGUGAAGAGCAUGGCGGGCGUGGCCAGGCCACCAAGGGAAAAGGCCGCAAGGCUACCAAGACCUUAGAGCUCACCAGGCUCCUUCCCUUGAAGUUCGUGAGGCUCUCCAUUCACAACCGCGAGAAACAACAGCUGCGCCUCAAGUUCGCCACCGGCCGCUCGUGCUACCUGCAGCUGUGCCCCGCUCUGGACACACGGGAAGACCUCUUCACCUACUGGGAAAAGCUCGUGUACCUCCUGCGACCACCAGUGGACAGCAACAGCAGUACCUACGCCCUCCCAGCGGACAUGCUUUGCAUGCCUGUGUUUGAGGAAGAGGACAAGAGGAGCCCAGCAGGGGCGGAUUUCCAAGGAAAGGGCCAUCAGGAUCAGGUCAGCAUCAGGAGCCUCCACGUGGUCUCCGAGGUGGCCGGGGCCACCUCUGCAGCUUUUUCAGGUGGGGAGGGGACCAGUCAGGCCUCCCACAAACCCGAUGCAGCCGCCGCCACCCCAAAACCUGCAGAGCUCCACAGGGAGUCGGCGGCAGAGCCACACGUAGAGCUGGCGGCGGCCGUGGCAGCGCGGGAGGCGGCGGGGGCGGCAGCGGUGGUGACAGGAGGGACGGCCGCGGGGUUCGCAGCAGGGAUCGCAGCGGACACCGCGGCAGGCGCUUUGAGCGUGGCCUUCACCAAGUCAGCCGCCCCGGAUCGGCUAGGCGCGGCCGUAGCAGGUGCAGCCACCGCGGGGCCGGGAGGAAGCAGGACCAACCUAGCCAUUGCGGGCACCGCCAACCUCUCCCCGGAGAGCAGGAACCUGGCCUUGGCAAGUGCCGCGAAGACCCCCGGGUUUACUUCCGGCUCGUCGACCAGCCUCUCCCAGCGGGCCCGCAGGACCCCGACCUUCGCAGGGACAGAGGGCGCCCGCAAGACUGUGGCGGGAAACGUGGAGAGAGCGCUCCUCUCCGACGCGCAGAGCGGAGGCGCGGAGGGUGAGCAGGCGGGAAGGCAGCUGCGCCAGGGCCAGAGGGAGCACAGGGACAAGGAGCGAACCUUUCGGGGCUCCCGUCGCCCCAGGGCAGCCGACACGCGCCACAAGGCCGGUGGGGACAAGACCAACCGGAAAGCCUCCGGGCGGUCCUUAGCCGGCCACAGAACCGCGAGGGAGGACAAGGACAAGGCCUGCGGCAGCCCGGGGGGCGGGAGGCGAGCCCCCCACAAAGGCAUUGGCCACGCGCCCAUCCCCAAGGAGUCCAGGGCCUCCCACAAAUCGGGGCGGAGCUUAUCCACCACCAGCUCGGGGUUAGCCACCAAGAGGCUGGGCAGGAUCGGGUUGUUCCUGAGGAACGUCAAAGCCAACCUUACUACCAGGACCACGGGCUCCCUACGCGGCAGAGAUGUGGGCGUGCUGCCUAAGGCGGUGGACAGGAGCGGGCUGGAGGCCAUCGAGGCCUCGGAGAACUGCCAGGGCCUGGAGAGCGCGGGGACAGGGACAUCUGACAUUAUGGAGACAGUGACCUUCGAAGCCCUUUAGUAGGGCUUUCCUCACAGC